UACAUACUGCUAUGUCUAUGGUUUAUGAGUAGCGGUGACUCGCAAAUACUUCGAUUAUUCUAACUUAAAAUACCAACAGUUUCUGAGGGAGGACAAGAUUUCCCGUUUUGUAUUCAUUUUGUAAAAUAAUCGCAGCAAAAUGCCGGAAAGCGUAAAAACGGAAACGAAGUCGAGCAAGGAGAUAAGAAGUGGAAAAGAGGAAGAGAAAAAUGAACUCUCCGAAGAGGAUAAACUAUUGCAGGAGGAAUUAACUCACCUUGUAGAAAGUUUGCAAGAUCCCAAUACCAGUUUACAUUAUCCUGCUUUGGAAUCGUUGUGUUCUCAAAUUCGUGCGUCCACUACUUCUAUGACCAGCGUUCCAAAGCCGCUCAAAUUUAUGCGACCUCAUUACGACACAAUGAAAACUAUUUACGAAAAAAUAACAAACCCAAAAGCUAAGGAGCUGUGCUCCGAUAUCAUUUCAGUCCUUGCUAUGACUGUUGGAGAAGGUAGAGAAUGUUUAAAAUACAGGCUAACCGGAUCUGCAUUAGCUAUCGGAGAAUGGGGUCACGAAUACGUGAGACACUUAUCGGGCGAGUUGGCUGGCGAAUGGGACGAGCUUACGGACGACGCGGAAGCUACGAGCAAAAAGUUAAUUGCUCUGGUACACGAGAUCGUACCCCAUAACAUGGCUCAUAACGCAGAAACCGAAGCUUGCGAUCUACUUAUGGAAAUCGAGAGGCUAGAUUUACUAGAACAAUACGUGGACGAAAGCGCGUAUCAACGGGUUUGUUUGUAUCUAACAAGCUGUGUAGCGUACGUAGCAGAUCCAGAGAACAGUACUCUGCUUCACACUGCCGCUAAAUUAUAUAGGAAAUUUGGCCAGUACCCUCAGGCUGUGAGAUUGGCGAUGCAACUCAAUGAUUUCCCCCUUAUCGAAGAUAUAUUCACAAAAUGCCCGGACCUAUCUGUGCAGAAACAAUUAGCAUUUAUGUUAGGCAGACAGCAAAUUUUCUUGGAACUUCCCGAAUCUACUCCGGAGUACGACGAUUUGGUAGAAAUAAUGUCCAAUUCUUUGUUGAAUUAUCAUUUCCUGAAUUUGGCACGCGAGUUGGACAUAAUGGAGCCAAAAACACCGGAGGACGUGUAUAAAUCGCAUUUAGAGAACUCCAGACCUCCGUUCGGCAGCGGUCAAGUGGAUUCGGCGAGGCAGAACCUUGCGGCGAGCUUCGUCAACGGUUUCGUGAACGCGGCCUUCGGUCAGGACAAGCUGCUGGUCGAAGACGGGAACAAAUGGUUGUACAAAAAUAAAGAGCAUGGAAUGCUAAGCGCGACAGCGUCUCUUGGUCUUGUUUUGUUGUGGGACGUUGACGGUGGUUUAACACCGAUAGACAAAUAUCUCUAUUCGUCCGAAGACUACAUAAAAUCUGGCGCACUGUUGGCUUGCGGUCUCGUCAAUUGUCGCGUACGGAUCGAAUGCGAUCCUGCUCUGGCCCUACUUUCGGAUUACGUUCUGCACAGCAACAAUACUAUGCGUAUCGGCGCGAUCGUUGGACUUGGAUUGGCGUACGCGGGUUCGAAUCGACAGGCCGUCUUGAAUCUCCUGAUACCCGUGCUGAACGAUCCGAAAUCCAGUUGGGAAGUGAUAGGCGUAACGGGUCUUGCGUUAGGAAUGGUUGCAGUAGGUUCUUGCAAUGCUUUCGUUACGACAACUAUCAUGCACACUCUCAUAGACAAGCUGGAGACAAACCUUAAAGACACGUACGCGCGAUUUUUACCUCUAGGCAUCGGUCUGUGUGUCUUGGGGCAGCAAGAAGUAGCCGAGACUAUCAUAGCGGCUCUGCAGGUGGUGCCAGAACCGUUUAAAUCGAUGUCCACGACUCUGGUAGAGGUGUGCGCGUACGCCGGUACCGGAAACGUUCUUAAGAUCCAACACCUGUUGCACAUUUGCUCGGAACACUACGAGUCGUCCAACGAGAAAGAGGACAAAUCCGAUUCCAAGGACAAGGAUAAGAAAGAGGAGAAAAAGGAGGACAAGGAGAAGGAUCUGAGUUCCAGACAGGCGAUCGCCGUUCUUGGUAUCGCUUUGAUCGCGAUGGGAGAGGAGAUCGGUACCGAGAUGGCCUACAGAACGUUCGGUCACUUGUUGCGUUAUUGCGAGCCAGUAAUACGGCGAUCCGUUCCUCUGGCCCUCGGGCUCAUAUCCGUCUCUAAUCCAAAAUUAAAUAUUCUCGACACAUUGUCGAAAUUCUCGCACGACAGCGAUCCCGAAGUGGCGCACAAUGCAAUUUUCGCGAUGGGUCUAGUUGGAGCGGGUACAAAUAACGCACGACUGGCUGCAAUGUUGAGGCAACUCGCGCAAUUCCACGCGAAAGAUCCAAACAAUUUGUUCAUGGUGCGCAUUGCGCAAGGUCUGACGCAUCUUGGCAAAGGAACGCUGACGCUGUCUCCUUAUCACAGCGACAGACAGGUACUGAGUCCUGUAGCGGUAGCCGGUCUUCUAGCCACGCUCAUCGGUUUCCUUGAUGUAAAGAACAUAAUUCUCGGUCGGUCGCAUUACUUGUUGUACACGUUAGCUGUUGCGAUGCAGCCUAGGAUGCUGGUGACGUUCGACGAGAAACUAAAUCCUCUUGCUGUGCCAGUGAGAGUUGGUCUUGCCGUGGAUGUCGUAGGUCAAGCAGGAAAACCGAAAACCAUCACCGGGUUCCAGACUCAUACGACACCGGUUCUAUUGGCGUACGGUGAAAGAGCAGAACUGGCAACGGAAGAAUACGUUCCGUUGACGCCGAUUAUGGAAGGUUUUGUAAUUUUAAGGAAAAAUCCAGACUUCAUACCUUAACUAGGAAGCUAAAUGUUUUAAGUGGAAAAAAAAACAUAAUCCGUAUUAUUAUCGGUUCUAGCGUAAAAUACAAUUAAAGUUAUUGCGUGUAUACAAAUAAUUUUCUUAUAUACAUAAAUUACACAUUAAACAAUAAAUCCCAAAGGUGAUCACAACCA